ACCCGCACGACCACGACGUCCUGAAACGCACGGGGCUCUCAUGGAGGAUGGGGGGUGGUGGACGCAGACAUGUUGGUCAUAAAUCCCUCAUUUAACUUCAGUGGUCGCACCGACAUCAUCAUCUCCUCCUCCUCUUCCUCCUCCUCCUCCUCCUCCCACUCCUCCUCCUACUCAUCCUCCUCCUCCUCCUGCUGAGGGAGUAGAGCUCGGGAAGGGACGAGAGGAAACAAGACUUCAGCACCGGAGCUGUCCGCGGCUCCUGUGCGUGAUCUCCGCGGGACCGUGCGGUGGUGGAAGGAAUAAAAACAAAGAGAAGCUGCGGGGCCAUUCAUCCCUCUGCGGGGCGCACACUCUUCAUCCCGAGCCCUGCCAUGCUGCACAGCCGGGCUUGAGACAGGAAGGAGAAAGUCCCCAGUAAGUCGCGGUGAACACCAGCUCUUUACGCCAUGGGAGUGCUCAUGUCAAAGAAGCAGCAGGUGGAGAAGGUGCAGAAAUGCAACGCCGUCGUCUCCGCCUUCCAGGCCGGCGUCAAGGAACGGGCCCCCACAGCCAAACAGGGGGACGGAGACGUGGAGGAAGACGACGGGCCCGUCAGAACUUCAGCCAGCCCUGAGGGGAAGAACGCCGAGGAGGCAGAGAAGGAGGACACGGACAGCAGCGCCGCCCCGUCGACCUCCCAGCAGGCCUCGGCCGCAACGAGGGACGAGUGCAAGGCCAACAACGAGGCGUGGUCCAGGUUACGGGACGGGAAGGGCGUGGAGCCCGAGGAUCUCGACAAGACCCAUCAGCUCACACCGCCGGCGUUCGUGCGGCCCAAAAGGGAAGCGGACGACGACCAGCCGGUGGAAGUGGAGCUGGAUAAGAAAGAGCAGCCGCCGAGAGACGAGAUGUGUGACGUGUGCGAGGUGUGGACGGCCGACGACCUGUACCCCUGCAGGGUCUGCACGCGGAUGUUCCACGACGGCUGCCUGAGGGAGCUGGGCUACCUGCGCACCGAGGCCUUGCAGGAGAUGAGGGAUGCGGCCCACACGGUUACCGGCUGGAGCUGCUACUAUUGUGAUAAUCUGAAUCUUCUCCUGACAGAGGAGGAGAUGUACAGCCUCAUGGAGACGUUCAAGCAGUGCAAGAUCAUCCCGGAGUCGUGCCUGGUGUCCGACGAGCUGCUGCAGUACCGCCACUUCGUGUCCAAGCAGCAGUUUGAGAAGGACCUGACGGACGAGCAGGAGGAGGAGGUCCUGGCCCAGUUUGCGUCGCUGGAUCCCGAGAAGAAGGGUCACAUCGAGUGGUCGGACUUCCUCUACUUUGAGUCCCUGGCGAUGCUGAGGAAGUUUCGCACGGAGAACUCAAUGAUGCGCCUGUUGACUGCCAAGGAGAGAGACAAAGCGCGCUCUCUGUUCCUGGGUCUGGAUCUGGAUAAAGACGGCUUGAUCACACGAGCAGAGUGUCGCCAGGCCCAGUCGUCCUGGUUCCACAACCCCAACAAGGACUCGCAGUCCUGCAACGUGAGACUCAUGGGACUCUGCUCUCCUAUGAAUUGUGGUAUCAGUCAGGUCGGCCCCAUGUGUGAGAGCAGUCCAGGCAGCUCUGGCAGCGAGAGGAGCAAGACUGGUGACAGCAGGCCGGUGACCUGGGCUGACUUUUUAAAGGAGAGUGCCAUCUACAUUUUGGCUGCACGCCCCAAUAGCUCCGCCAUGCACAUCCAUCUGCCUCUAUAGUCCAGGACGCUCCACGGCACCCGAGCAGAGAGCGAGAGGGAGGGAGGGAGGGAGAGAUGGAGGCUGCGCCCUGUCGCCUACAGACGAGCGGAGGAAGACGAGGCCACGAGGAAACGCAACCGGAUGAAGCACCGAGAGAGACAGCACAUCAAGUCAUCGACAGAACCUCUCCUCUUCUGCGUCACCUCGAUCCGCAAACACUGACUACACACACCGAUGCCGACAGACACACCGACGACACGAGUGACAGCAGCUGUCACGGGUUCCAACUCCAAAACCUGACGGCUUACAAAACAAACAAAACAAACCCCACACGAGAGAGAGAGAGAGAGAGACACACACACACGACUAGUCCGUCAGUUAGUCAGUGAUAUUUCUGACACUCUACACACAAUCAGACGAGCUCUGUUUGCUCACACUCUUCUUUUAAAAACGACAAUUACUGCAGCACUCCACGGCCAUCACGCUGAUAACAAAGCUCUCCACGCAGGUACAUUCAUUUGACAGGCUGUGCCUCUUUCAAGUGUCCAAUCCCGUGGGCCUCAUCAGGUCCUAAUAAUAACUCCAUGCUCCAGUGAUGGGAUCGAGCUAUUCACCGUCAAAAUUGUUAAUCACGCUACACAGAGGCGCAUGCAAAUUCAUGACUGGUACCGUUUAAAAAAAUGGAUUCACUUUUGGGAGUAGAUUCACCCUGCGGCUGCGAUUAUCAGCACAUGUACCAACCAGGAAUGACAGCUACCCGCAUACAUAUAUCAGAACUGCUAUAAAUUAUUAUUAUGCAUUAAAAUUACAUAUUUAUUCCUGUAUCCUCUGGUGUACCCUCUGUUUCCCCCCAGUUUCCUCCAAGGAUCUGUGUUCUCCUGACAUGUGAGAAAGAACGGGAACCAGACCAGUAAACGACCUGUAUAUACUUAUAGUACUUUUUGUCCUGUUGCUCUCUCCGAGCGGAACUUUGGCAAAGUGGAAACAUCCGCUAUCCGGUUCUAUGGUGUCGAUAUUUGCACAGUUGGGAAUGAGAUGCAGUCGGACUUCUGUAUUGAAAGGCCGAAAGAAAAACGGGAGAUCCGGUGCAAACAUUUGUCUUUUGUUAAUAUGCAGACGCACUAUUUAAGCUUCGUAUUUAAGGCGUGGUGGGAAUUCUAUAAUGUUACAAGUUAUACGACAAUUUAAAUGCACAUGAAAAUGCCCCUAGAAUCACUAGAAACUUAUUGAAUAGAGCUCAUGUAGUGUUUAUGCCAUGUGAAGGAGGUUCGAUGCCAGGUCCGGUGAAGAAAGAACGGCGAUGACGUGAAUGUUGAUGGUCUGAGGAAUUUGUCACAGUGCUGAAAUAAAUGCAUGGCAUUUACUCUCCUUCUUCAAA